UGAAGCAUAUGCUAAAAACUGAGCGUCAGAAAAAAAGAGGAUAUACCAUUUGUUUAACAUUUUCGUCUUCUGCAGAUUCCUUCUUUCUUCGAUCCCUCACACACAAAAAAAAAAUUUGGAUUAUAACAGAGAGAGACACAUCCCAAAUCCUCAGCAAAAUUUAAUAAUUUAUAAAGAAGAAGAAAAAAAGCAAUGACCUGUUCUUCUUCUCUCUUUAUAAAUCUUUCUCUAUCUCCUCCUCCUUCUUUGCUUCCUAGCACGACCAUCAUCAACACCAACAUCAACACUUGUUCUUCUCCCAGGUCUUCUUUUGUCUCGUGUCACCACCAGAGACUACCACCCACUAGCUUCCUUCGUAAUAAAACUAAGCUGAUCAGAAGAGACGCUGUUGUUUCGGCUGUUUCUGCUUCUGGGUCGGACGAUAUGACUAUUACUGAAGUCAGGGAUGAUAACGAAUCGGAGAUUGACGCUCCGCUUCUUGAUCCUGAGUCUCUCUCUAAGCCCAGGAGAAUUGCUCUCUUUGUCGAGCCUUCCCCGUUUGCCUAUGUCUCCGGUUACAAAAACAGAUUCCAGAAUUUCAUUAGGUAUCUGCGUGAAAUGGGUGACGAGGUUAUAGUUGUGACCACACAUGAAGGUGUUCCAGAUGAGUUUUACGGAGCCAAAGUCAUUGGAUCAAGAAGCUUCCCUUGCCCUUAUUACCAAAAGGUUCCCCUGUCACUUGCGCUUAGUCCAAGAAUCAUCUCUGAAAUUGCACGGUUUAAGCCUGACAUAAUACACGCUUCAUCUCCCGGGAUAAUGGUUUUUGGUGCUCUGGCAAUAGCAAAAAUGCUAUCUGUACCUAUAGUAAUGUCUUACCACACACACGUCCCUGUAUACAUCCCAAGAUACACUUUUAGUUGGUUGGUAAAACCAAUGUGGUCUAUAAUCAGAUUCCUUCACAGAGCGGCUGAUCUUACACUAGUUCCUUCUGCUGCCAUUGGAAAAGAUCUUAUAGCAGCUGGUGCAACUGCAGCUAAUCAACUUCGACUUUGGAAUAAGGGUGUUGAUUCAGAAAGCUUCAAUCCCCGUUUCCGUUCUCAAGAAAUGCGUAUAAGACUGAGCAAUGGCGAACCAGAAAAGCCACUAGUGAUCCAUGUUGGUCGUAUUGGCGUAGAAAAGAGUUUGGAGCUUCUAAAAAGUGUAAUGGACAAAUUACCUGAAGCUCGGAUUGCUUUCAUUGGAGAUGGACCAUACAAAGAGGAUCUUGAGAAGUUGUUUACCGGAAUGCCAGCUGUUUUCACUGGAAUGUUACAAGGUGAUGAACUCUCACAAGCCUACGCAAGCGGAGAUGUGUUUGUGAUGCCAUCAGAGUCAGAGACACUUGGUCUUGUGGUUCUUGAGGCAAUGGCUUCAGGACUUCCUGUUGUUGCGGCCCGUGCCGGUGGAAUCCCUGAUAUAAUCCCUGAAGACCAGGAGGGAAAAACCGGGUUUCUGUUCAACCCUGGAGAUGUUGAAGACUGCGUGACAAAGCUGAGAAAUCUAUUGCACGACAGUGAAACAAGAGAGAUAAUUGGAAAAGCGGCAAGAGAAGAAACGGAGAAAUAUGACUGGAGAGCAGCAACGACAAAGAUACGCAAUGAACAGUACAGUGCAGCGAUUUGGUUCUGGAGGAAAAAGAAAGUACAGGUUUUGGGACCAAUCAAUUGGUUGGUUAAACGACUGUUUCCAGUGCCGGAAGUUAACGUGUAGGAUAAGCAAUGAAGAAUUGAUCGUUUAUGGUUUCUUUUGCUGAAAGUCCUCUGUUUGGUUAAUGAUGUGUUUUUAAUAUCUUACACGCUUGGAUUUGCUUAAUAUAAGUUGAUGUUGUAAAUUGUAAUAUACAGUGUAUGUCUUUUUAUUUCUAUUAGGGGGGUUUAAAACCUGGUUUGGCCUUUAGGGUUUUAGUGUAUUCUUUUAGAUCACUACUUUUGUGUUUUUUUUUUAUUUAUAUGUAAUAAAAGUGUAUUGUUUUGCA